AUGUACUCAGCUAAACAAUUCGUUAUAAAGACAUUACCUACUCCAGGUUUACCUUUUAAUUUUGAUUCGACUGAUUCAAAAGCUACUUUUGAACUUAAAACUUUGGAAUUGAAGGAAUCUGACCUUAAAGAAGGAGAAGUGUUAAUCGAAUCCCUUUUAUUGUCCAAUGACCCUGCUCAAAAGUUCUGGAUUUCUUCUGUAGACAAGAACUAUGCGGCUGGUGUUCAAGUUGGUGAAAUCAUUCCGGCAAGAGGCAUCGCUAAAAUAUUAGCCUCUAAGAACGGUGAGUUCAAAGCGGGUGAUUAUGUUACUGGUACCAUUGGUUGGACUACUUAUGCAAUCAUCCACGAUACGAAGAAAGCAUUUCUUCGCAAAGUAUCCAAAGAGCAAGUUGGUGAUUUAUCAUGGCAUCUGUCUGCUUUAGGGGGUACUUCCUUGACAGCUUAUUUUAUUUUCUACCAUUAUGCUCAAUUUGAGGAGAAUGAGAAAUUCAAUGGCAAGACUAUUUUAAUUUCUGGGGCAGCCGGUGCAGUAGGUAUUGUUUGUAUUCAAAUUGCAUUACAUGUUUUCAAAGCCAAGAAAGUUAUUGCCACAGCAGGUGGUCCUGAAAAAAUCAGGUAUGUUGAAGAAUUCGAUCCAUCUAGAGUAGUUGGGGUAGAUUACAAGGACUCUAAUUUCAAAGAAAACUUGAUUAAGGCUGCAGGUGGGCCAAACACAGUGGAUCUAUUCAUCGAUAACGUUGGCGGAGAUGUCUUGGAGAUAGGUACCGAACUACUGAAGCCUCAUUCUACUUUGAUCGUAUGUGGCUCUAUCAGUGGUUACAACGAUCCUAGCAAGUUAAUUUACAAGAGUUUUGUCUCUGUGUUAACCAAAAGAUUAACCAUCAAGGGAGUGUUGUUAGGCGACAAUAUCGCUGACUUUGGAAAAGGGUUAACUAAAUUGAGUCAAAUGAUUGAAGCAGGACAACUAGACAUCUCAAAAGCUGAAACGUUAGUCGAUUGCACUGGCGAAAAGUUCGCAGAUGUUCCAAAUGUGUGGAAUGGGCUAUUCAGUGGUACCAACAAAGGUAAACUGAUCAGCAAAGUGAACGAGUACUAA